AUUUAAUAAAAAAGUACCACAUCAAGUUGCAUUAGCUAUAGUAGUAAUAAAGUGACGGUGAUUUGCCCAAAUCUCAAAAGUUGAGUUUGAAAAUUCAUGUAGAAAUUAAAAUGCUACUAAAAAAAGUAUUUUUAUAAAGAAAAAUAAAGUAGUUUGUAACCAUACAUGCAUGUAACAAACUAACCAUAGUUAGACCAAAAUCAAAGUUCUUUGGUAAAAUUCUUUUCCUUCAUGCACAAGACAUGGAAGAAACCUAUUCAUACUCAUGUUAAUUAAUUACUGGAUUGCCUUUUCUUUUCAUUCGCUCACUAAUUUCUCCAUUUAGAUUUGGACGGUGCAAGACUUCAACUACAACAACAGUUAGAAAGAAAAAGAAAGAUACAUAAAUAUAUAUACAUACAUACAUACAUACAUAUAUAUAUAUAUAACAAGAGAGUAUCCAUUGGUUGGCCAAAAGAAGUGAAAGUUUCCAUUUCUCCAAACACCAAAAGGAUAUUAACCUGACCUUUUCAUAACAAGAGCUGUUGCUUUUCUUUUUUCUAUUAAGAGCAACAGAGUUGGGUUCUCAAAACUUUUUCAAGAGGCAUGGAGAAGAUGAUGAGUUUAAAGCAUCUAUUCGUGACGACGUUCAUUGGGAGCUUGUCGACGUUCAUGGUGAUUCCGAGCAUUACGGACCUAACAAUGAGGGCUCUGUGUCCUGGGCAGAAUCACUGUUCCCUUGCAAUUUAUCUCUUCGGUCUUCAGCAGGUGAUUAUAGGGCUUGGAGCAAUGGUGUCGGCACCAGUAAUUGGGAAUCUAUCAGACAAAUAUGGAAGGAAAACAAUGCUGAUUCUCCCUAUGACAUUUUCAAUCAUACCACUCACCAUAAUGGCAUAUAGAAGAACUACCAACUUCUUCUAUGCAUUCUACAUCAUGAAAACUCUCACAGACAUGGUUUCAGAAGGCACUACAGUUUCACUUACUCUUGCUUAUGUGGUAUUCAGCUUUACUUUCAACUAUAUGUACCCUAAAAUUCUAUCCCCCAUCCCAUUCUUCCUAUAUCAGAAGCUAUAUUCUCCUCUGUUUCAUUCUCAGGCAGACAAAACUUCAGAGGAACAAAGGAUUUCAGCGUUUGGAAUCCUAUCUGGGGUCAAAUCUGUAGGUUAUGUAUGUGGAACCUUUUCAGCUCGACUCCUUUCAAUUGCUACAGUGUUUCAGGUGGCAACUUUCAUGUCUGUGCUUGCAGUAGUGUACAUGAUGAUUUUUCUCAAGGAAAGUAUUCUGGAUCGUAAUGAGUUGACUCGGCCAAUCUUCAACGAAAAUAUAAGUGGUGAUGAUGAAAAUGGGCCACAAUUGACUGCAAGAAACCAGUUAUUGACAGGGAUCUCUUCUAUUAGAGAUUUUAUCUGCUUAAUCACGAGUAGCACAACAUUUUCACAAAUAGCAAGAGUUUCCUUCUUCAAUAGUCUAGCAGAGAAGGGGAUGCAAGCAUCACUAGCGUUUUUCUUAAAGGCCCGUUUUCACUUUGACAAGAACCAGUUUGCUGACUUGAUGAUAAUUGAUGGUAUUGCCGGGGCCACUUCACAGCUUCUUUUGAUGCCCGUUCUGACACCAGCUAUAAGACAGGAGAAGUUGCUUUCGAUAGGAUUGUGGGCGAGCUUUGUAAAUGUUCCUUACGCUUCAAGAGCACUUUCAAUUUUUACAGUUAUUGUCAGUCCAAUAAUAUUCAACAUUGCAUCAAAACAAGUUGGACAGAGUGAGCAGGGGAAGGCCCAAGGAUGCAUCUCAGGCAUUAAUUCCCUUGCCAGUAUUGUAUCUCCAUUACUUUUCAGCCCCUUGAUAGCUCUUUUCCUCUCCAAGGAUGCACCAUUUGACUUCCCUGGCUUCAGUAUUUUGUGCAUUGAGCUAACUUCGUUGGUUGGAUUCACUCUAAGCCUGAUGAUCCAAGUAGAUCCCUUCACUUCCAUUCAGAAAACCAACAACUUAACUUCCGUUUGAUAAUCAUUUUUGUUUAACUAUAGGUAGAAGUAGUGAUGGUAAGUCUAAUUUUUUGAAAACUAAAAAUAGAAAACAGAAUUGUUAUCAAACGGGUCUUAGGUAUUUAGGAAAUCACAUUUAACACAAAUUGGGAAAUUCUUACUGGUAAAUACUGUAACCUUGAAGUGACAAAAAGACUAAAGAUUCCCUUGUAUAUUAUUGCCUUUAAGGAAACUCGAACUCAAAGCAACUACAACAGAAAGUGCGUUGUACAGUAAACAUUUAUACAGACCUACGUUUACCAAUUGUUUUCUUUCCCAACCCCAAAGCAGAAACCAAUUAAACUAUGUACAUAUUGAUAUUAUGACCAUGUAAAUCCUGAGAACAUGUAAGAUUGGCAUUCAAACAAAAAGUUUCGAUGUUUCUAGGCACAAAGGUCUAAUUAUAAGGUGAAAUUCGAGAUUCUGGAACCCUAAUUAUGUUGAAUCGAGACCAUAUUUUCUUCGGCAAGCAGACAUUAAAAGCUCGAAACAGGAAGAAAUACGGACCUGAGGACGGGACUC